AUGGACAAUCAAGCACCAGUUAAAAGAAGCUUCCAAGCCAGCACGAUCAGCUCGGACUAUAGACAAGAAGAAGAGAAACGUCUCGAUGCAGAGCAAAUACGUAGCAUCUUAAAGUCACCACAGUUGGGCGAGUUAUCGCCGUCGAAAGCUGUCCGUGAGCUGGUGCAGAAGACCAUGUUGGCCUGCUUUGUGGACGAACCAGCGUGCUCUGGACGUGAAAGGGAGCAGCUAAUUCGAGAUGUACAGAAGCUCACUCGACUAUUUGCCAAGAACCUAUUGCUUCCUCCUGACAAGGAGAGCGGUCUGCAAGACGAAGAAAAAGGAGCAGAGAAAGAGGACAACGACUGGCAGUCGCAGUAUGUUUUGCCAAGCGGGACUGUAGUGCCUCCUUCAGCUUAUUUCUCCUUUCGUGGCAACAGCAGAAUGCACCUUCCGAUCGUGGAUUGGGGAGCAUUUCGAGGAUAUUCUGUAGCUAUGUGGAUCAAUGUGGACUUCCAGCUACCGCCGAGCAAGAACGAAAGUUCUUUGGUGCAAGACGUCGCUCGAGACAGAUUGCAUGGGAAGUUUGAUCUUUUUCGGCUCACAAACGGGUCAAAUACGCUGGGAGUCGAGGCGUCGCUAGAGUGCGUGGAAGAUGCUAGUUAUGGUGAACACACGGUGCUCUUGAAUGUGAGUUGCUGUGCUCUGAACACGACGGGUGACGAGAAAAAGCCGGCGUCGUUUGCGCGCCGUCCAGAGUGGAGAACAAUUCAGCAGAAAAUCGAAUUGGUGCCUGGGGAAUGGCACCUGCUGCUGAUAUCACAUUCACUGCAUUACGUCAAAAAGAGCAAUGUGACGUGUUACGUGGACAGCAGGUAUCAAUUCCGAGAAGAACUCGCGUAUCCGUCAGGAUUGGUUACCGCGUCGAAAUGUACUGUUGGAGGGGGUCGGAACGCGAGAGCAAAAGUUGCUAGUGUGUCAAUGUACCACGAUGAGCUAUCUGCAGGAACCAUCGAGCUGAUGUACGCGUUAGGGCCUACAAUAUCUUCGUUCAAUCGAUGGUCUGCAGCGUUGCCCAGUCAGUCAAGCCGAUUGAUCUCUGGCACUCGCGAGUGUACACUAGGUUUAUCACCGUUGGCUGUGCCAGAGAAUGAAUCGUUCACGGCAUUUUGCAGAUUGCAGACGGUAUUUUCUUUUAGUGCACAGAACACUGUCGACGAGAAUUAUGCUAAUCUGGGAGUAGAAUGGGUAUGUGAGGGUACCGCUCCCACUCCAAAUGGAAAGUGGGUGACUUUUGAGAAUAGAGAAGACGCGUCUGCCGAGAUCCAACAGCGAAAUGCUCGACUGGGUAAGAGCACGCAAAAAGUAAUCUUCCCAAACUUCCACUCGGCAUGGCAUCAUUCAGUGGGCGUGUCGUCAUUGCCAGUGCUUUUGGAUUACAUUUUGACUGCAUACGAGAGAGUUGCAAGAAAAGAAGAAGCACGAAAACGUGCUGGCGCGACGGAGUAUGCAGCAGCAGCAGAAACCAGCAGGCGUUCUCUUCCAGCUAUUAUGGAAAGCGUGGUGAUCGAUCUAUUAUGGAUAUUUAAGGGCAUGUUGCUCAACAACGUGGCCAAUCAAGAGGAAGUGCUUAAGAACUAUGCCUUUCAUAUGCUCGCUCACGUAAUGGUCCAUCACGAAGAUUGUCUAGCUCUGGUCUGGACGCCUGGAAGCCUUGUCAUCUGUGUUGAAUUCGUAAAAAGUUUGUAUGGCAUGAUGCCGUUGCCAAAGCAGAGUCUCGAAGUCGACGACAACCAUCCAUUCCACGUAUCUAUCUGGGCAACAAAUCCGCUUUUUGCCUCCGGAGUGCGAGCAAUUCUGAUGGACUACCGAUUGUGGACGCAAGCGGAUUGUAAAACCCAAUCUAUUUACAAUCGUCAGUUGUAUGUGCUUGCCUGUGAGUACCCGCGAGCGUUCAACAAUAUGCAAGCCGUUUCUAAGUUAUUAGAGAUUCUUGGCAAUUUUUACUCGGUUUCACACUCUUCGCAUACGUCGGGUGAAACUGAAGCAAGCCAAAACUCGCAGCGAUUGACCGGGUCAGACGACAACGAACACCGUUGGAAGCAACAAAGUAUUCAAAGUUUGGUCGAGCUUAUCGAGGUGUGUUUGACAAACCAGAGUACACAGGUUUAUGAAGUUCUGGAGCAGGAAAUUAUGGAGACGACAUUUGCUCGGGCAAGUGCUCCCACCGGAGUUGGAGGAGGUUCCGUCGCUAGCGGUACUGGCUCGUUACCGUCCACAUCCUCUCCUUCAUCAGCAGCAUCUCCUUCAAUAGCUGUACCCGCUCGCAAAGGAGGUGUGUUCAGUAUCAAUCUUGAAAACAUUGUAUGGAGUGACCAGACCGCGGCAGGUCCAGAUUCGUCUGAAAAUGAUGAUGUUCAUGAUACAGACGCAAGAAGUUCUUUCACCGAAAAGAGCGUUCUGCGCUCUGUCCAGGUUCGAUUUUCUCUUGUUAGAGAUAUCCGUGCAGUCGUCCGAUUUUUGAUGACCAGCAAGGAUGCUACCGUGGUCACAUCUAUAUUGCUGCUUCUACGAAGACUCGCAGUAUCAUUUUUGGACAUGCGCUUCGCAUUAGUUAGCUCCAGCAUCAUCGAUUGCCUGCUGUAUCUGAUGCAUGAUCAACGGAAAAGAGCCGAUAGCAAGGGUUUGAGCAAAUGGAACGACGAAGAAAGCGCUCACGCUUUGAUUAACGUCCGCUUGGCUUGCGUUCCGCUGUUCAUUUACCUGCUGGAUUGGCUCGAGUCAAUUGAAGGCCGCACUAUUUGGUGUGGACUCGAAGAGCACUUGCGAUCGGUUCUAAACGGGCAGGGAAGCUUUUCGGUUGGGUUUUUAGAGCUUAUGAUGGAGUUUUACUUUGAUCCUGCGUGGCAUUUGGGUGUCCAGCACAGUAUAAUCAUGAACGAUCCCUCUAAGAAGGACUCGUCGUUGUUUCCGAUUGCGCCGGCGGCAGCAAGAACUGUCACGUUAGGGCAGGGAAAUAUAGUCGAAGACGGUAUUGCGGCUGUACCCACUUCCCUGGCUGCUACAGCAGAAGUAGGCAUGGGAAUAACUGGUUUGAUCGAUUGGAUUAAGAUGGCUAACCAGUCUGUGGGCAAACGUCUACAGCUAACAUGGGAAAAGCGAGUUGCUGUUGUUCGUCUGAUAGCUUUGCGAAGUCUGUACAACGUCGGUAUAAAGGGUGAAGACCAAGACGGUGGUGGAAAGAGCUCGUCGUCUCUCGCCGAUGUGUUUGACGAGGGAAUUAGUGGCAUCUUAAGUCUGCCACUAAAAGGUGUUUUGCCGUUCUUGCCUUUUUUACUGGGCAGAUGUACUCCACAUAUCCGUGAAAAGGUUCUUUUGGACAUUAAUGUGAAGCUCAAGACAGACAAAGACCUUCAACAGCAGCUGCUUUCCAUGAAGAAGAGCUGGGCGGAUGCGCUCUUGGAGUUAUCGUUGGUAUGCUCUGUUUGCGUGGAACAUGUUCAGCCGUCGAACGGAGGCAUGGAUGAUGGCGUAGACCAACAAUAUGAAUAUUGCGGUCGCGCGUAUAGCUUUGAUGCCAGUAGGACCGGCGAGGAUCUAGUGCUUGACACAGUUGUGUCAUUACUAUCCAUGGCGAUGGUCAACCAGCGUGGAUGGCAAUCGCUCACACAUUUGUUGCUAGCACUGAAAGGAUUGCAGACGAAAUACGAUACAAAGCGUGAUAUUGCAAGCUCACCAGCAUUGUCUUCUUUGCCCCCAUUGGCACACGUGGCUCCGCGAGUGACCCGUUCGGAACUUUUCUGCUCACCACUGAAUUGGAUGUGUCGUGUGGCUGGCAUUGUACUACAACGUAUGGCAAGAAGCCGAACGAUUUUGUCCCGGAUACUUGCCGAAAAUGUGCAGCGUUUACUAUUUCUUGCUAAUGAGACGCUACUGAUCGUACCGUUAGGGCCGUUUCCAGAGUCAGCGUUGGAUGGUCCGUCGAAUAAGUAUGUGAGAUCGGAUGCGCAGCUUUUUCUGCUAAAUGCGGUGUUGGACAUGUGCGCCCGAUUGAUCGACAGCACUCACAAUAUUCACCGCAUAGGGCUUUUGCCAGGCCUACAGAUCCUGCAACAUGCAUUACCGUUCGUACACAGCAAAUGCAUGAUGGAGCGAAUAGUGCAGGUGCUGACACAAAGCUUCAAGCAGGAGAUAACUGCCGGUUCUUGUCUGAGCGUGUAUGCAAUGGUGCCGACGCGUGAGGUUUUCCUACGCGCCCUUGUCGAUCUCCGUCGCGCACUGGUCUUCCAUCAGAAGGAGGAACUAUUGGAGCUACUGCGAAAACUGACCCUGCGGAUAUGUACAUCCGGAUCCUUCGAUGACGAGUUGGGCACUGCUGGGCUAUCAGUCUACGACCUUGGCAAGCUCACUGAAUCACAGGCUGUUCGAGUGGUAUUGGACGCACUGGCGUUAGCGAUCAAUGAUACCGAACUGCACGAGCAAGAGGAACAGGACAACAUGGUACCGUAUUUUCCGGUAGCGAAGGAGCUGCGAAGUCCUUUGCAGGACACUGCUGAUAAUUCGAACAAUUCGAUGGCAGUAUCAUCACGAUCGUACGAAAGGUAUUCUGGUGCAGAGUAUGCUGAUGACAGCGAGCAGGUGCUUUGGGCAGCACUGAAUGUUGAAGGGAAUCAGAUGUUGGCGAAUCUGCGGGAUGUUUCAAGCCGAGAAUAUCAGCGUGCAAAGACUGCGCGGUCAAUCCGGCGUAAACAGGAGCAGGAGUGGACCCAAAAGCUUUGGCUGAAACACGAGUUGACCUUUCGAUCGCAAAACCAAUAUCAUGCACUGCGAUGUGUGGCGCCGACGACAUUGGCUGCGAUGCAGAAGACGCUUAUGUGGCAGGCCGGUGUGUACGAGGCACCAUUUCCUUCCCGAAUGCGACGUACUAUCGACGUAAAUUUACAAUUAAGCUCGGAAAAUAUGCUAGCAUUGGUCGUUAAGCAACACCAUGGUAGCCGAAGUGAAGCAGAGGGAAGUCCAGCUGACGAUCAUUUAUCAGCUCGAGCUGCGCCUUUCGAGAUGCCUCAUGAUACAGAAGAACGUGAAACGAGUAAUCGCGAUCCAGCAUCUAGUGAAAACUUGCUGAAGCGAGUUGGUCGUGUAGUAGCGCAGCAGCGUGGCGGGGCAAUUAAGGACAUUACGUCUGAUGAUUCUCUUGCACUCUCUGGUUUAAUUGACACUUACGUUUCGAGCACAGACAGUGAUAAAGGUGGUGAUGAGGCAGAGGCGCGCCCCUUUGCAAACGAAGAAUAUUUAGAACAGUACAGGGGUUGUGCCAUACCAGUGAAGCCGAAGGACGACGAAAACAAGUCAAGUUCGUGUAUGUCUAGUCCUGCAGCUUCGAAAGGAACAGUGAUAGGGCAGGACGAAAAGGGACUGGAUCCUGGCGCUGGAAUUGCUGUUGCACCGGAUGACGCAGUGUACGCCUGCGUAACCUGCAAACGGGUGGUUUCAGAAGGAGUUGUUCUCGGUCGUCUGUCUUUCUGCGGCAAGUACAUCGCCUUUGAGCCACGACAGGAGAUUCCUGAGGAUGCUUGGAACCCAGAAGGAGGCAUUAAUGCCGGCACGGUCGACUUUGACGAUAGAACUCUUCCUGCACUUUCAAGUACGAAUGCGGACGAUGCAGCGCCAGGGCUGCAACGAUGUUGGCAGUGGAAGUACACCCAUCUUGUAGGUGUUUACCUCCGUCGCUACCGACUACGUGACUCGGCGAUCGAGAUUUUUCUACGCAAUGGUAGUACUCACUUUCUGGAUUGGCCGCUCACGUCGAAGGAACGGCGCAACGAGAUCGUACGGGUACUGUAUUCUUUCCUCCCUCGAAGUACUCCUAAGCAGUGGCCCGGGCGCAUUAUUCCACACUUAGCAGCCACCACUAAGGCUUGGCAAAACCGGCAGAUCAGCAACUUCGAUUACCUCAUGGCACUGAAUACUUUUGCAGGACGCAGUUUUAAUGAUCUGACCCAGUACCCGGUAUUUCCAUGGGUGCUUUCGAACUAUGAAGGUCCCACAUUGGAUUUGAGCGACCCAGCGAACUUCCGAGAUCUAUCCAAACCUAUGGGUGCGUUGAAUGCAAAGCGACUGGAGGAAUAUUGGGGGCGUUACUACUCUUUCGACGACCCAGUAAUUCCCAAAUUUCUUUAUGGCUCUCACUAUUCGACUUGCGCUGGAGUUGUCCUCUUUUUCCUUUUCCGACUCGAACCUUUCGCAAGCCUCCACAAAAAAAUGCAGAAUGGCACCUUUGAUCUGCCAGACCGCUUAUUUUACUCCAUCCAAGAAACGUGGCGGAUGUGCAAUUCACAAAUGUCUGAAGUGAAAGAGUUGACUCCGGAAUUCUUCUCCAGUGAUGGCACUUUUCUGUGCAAUCGAAAUGGUUACGCACUGGGAAAGCGCCAUGACCAAAAAGCUGUGGAAGACGUACAGUUACCGAAGUGGGCAAGUACGCCUGAGGAAUUUGUACAAAUUCACCGCGCGGCGCUCGAGAGCGAGCACGUCUCUUCUCAUUUGCACUCUUGGAUCGAUCUCAUUUUUGGAUACAAGCAGCGAGGGCGAGCGGCACUCCAAGCAAACAACGUCUUCUACUAUCUGACGUACUAUGGUGUUGUCGAUUUAGAUAAAGUGGAGGAUCCGAGUUUAAGAGAGUCCAUGGAAUUGCAAAUUGCACACUUUGGUCAGUGCCCUAUGCAGCUUUUUGCUGCCCCGCACCCCGCGCGGGAUAGUGCUUUUUCUCGUAAUGCAGUCGGCAAGGUGGUUUCCUCUGCACCCAACAGCGCAUCCCUUUCGGAAACGAUGAGUCCACCGCGCACUGGAGGGUUACCAGGAAAAGAGGGUGUCUUCAAUGGACCAUCGAGCAACCAUUUUCGGCCGUUGUCACAAGCUUUUCAAGAUUUCUCACCCAUUGCACAAGAGAAGCGUCAAAACUGGAGCCCCGUCGCCACAGUCAAGCCAAUCGUUCAAAGUGGGAUCAAAUUGCUGAAAAUUCUUCCUGACCGUGUCGUCAGCGUGAAUGAGCUUGGCGUAAUCGAGAUUUACUAUUGGAGACUGGUACCAAAACCAGCGGCACCGUUGCCAUCUUCGUUCCAUGAGGAAUCUGCGACUGCGUCGCCAAAGCUACCAGGGGCGCCUCCAAAAACGUUUGUUGUCGAGCCUUGCAAGGUUGCGAGCGUUGUGAGCGACAGAGAUGGCUUUGUAUCCGCAAUGGGCUCACAGCAAGACAGCGAGGCAGGUACAUUGCCCAGUGAUCUACCCGUGGAGCCAGACAGUGAUGAAGAAAGUGGAGCUGAUCUAGCAAUCGCUUGCCCGUGGCUUCUGGAGUUUGCUCGUGAUGAUUCCCCGUUUGAGUAUGUUCCAAGGAUACCUGUGUUUGAUCACGUUCAUGACGACGACGAAAACCGUAAUCUGCGUGGACGGCACCACAAAUUUCCUGUAAGUAUAUCCCGCAAUGGGCGUGUGCUUGUGUCUGGAGGUGCGCGUAGCGGAGCUCUUCACUUUCGUUUGCUCGAUCUCGACAACGGUCACGUGAUUGGCAAGGCAAGUGUGGUUGGGCACAGCGCUGCAGUCACAUGUUUGAGCUUGGAUCGCUGGAGCUAUCAUAACCAUAACCAGCUUGUUGUCCCUACUUCACAAAGCGAUGAAGAGUUGCUUGUGUCUGGAUCCCAAGAUGGAACUCUUGCGCUAUGGCGCCUCUCACGCCUUAAGCCUGACAUGCUUUUCCGUUUACCCCGGGUAUCGCCGCGCCCAAUUCAAAUCUUCCGUGGACAUGUGGCACCCAUCUUGGAUUGUUGCGUUAGCACGUACAUUGGGGUAGUCGUUUCUUGCUCGCAUUCCGUUGGCAUGGUCCACUUUCUAUACGAUGAAGGACAAGUGGCAUUUAAUUUCGAGCCUGCUGAGGACGGUGGUGAAAUCGUCCGCGUCUGUUUAUCAGAUAAAGGAUACGUGAUUGCUGUUACCAGCAUUUUUCAAAAUGCGACCGAUACGAGUGAGAUGGACAGCGACGACUUGCGACAGCGCGUCGUGGUCUCCACUAUCUGCCAGGUUUUCGGUUUGUCUGGCGUGUUGAUUCAGUCGCACCACCUUCCGUCUGAGGAGGUGUUGGAUUUGCAAGUGUCCGCUGAAGGAGACGUAAUUUUUCUUACACUUUAUCCGGGUAUCAUUCGUAUCUGCCGCAUCGAAGACUUUGUUGCACUGCAGGAAUACGUCUCCUCGUCGCCUGCAGGUUCAAUGAUCACCGCAAUGUCUUUCGGUCCUGAGGAGGCGGUGAUCCUGCUCGCUUCUGGUCAUGAAGACGGCACAUUGUCGCUUCAGAUGCUUCCAGACGCUAGCGGUUCCGUGUCGUUUUUAACGAAUGUGCGUCGACUACUCGGAGUCUCUUCCAAGCUUAAGCGUGUCAAGGGCACGGUGCAACACGCUCAAAUACUAGCCAUGUCAACGUUCGACAACGCCAAAGCCGUGACAAGCACAGCGCGCGACAUCGCUGGCGAAGCGAUUGGUGAAGCCAAAGUCAUGGUGCAAGGCCUCUUCUCGUACUUGCAGAAGAGCUAA